CUUCAUCAAAUAAAAGUAGUUGAGUGAAUCUUGAUUUACAUAUUUAUAGUCCUAAGUUUUGCUUUAUAUCUACGUUGUUAAUUAGGGAUUUCAGAGUAAGCGUUAAAACUAAUAAAUCACUGCAACGUAAACAAAUACAUUUGUAUCUUUCUAUAGCCUGGGUUUUGGCGGAUAACAUGAAUUAUAUAACUCGCAGUCAAUGCAAAAUAUGUAUGUUCUCUUAGGCGGGAUAAUAUAGGCUAUGAAAAGAAUACAAAUGUUUUGAGAAGAGCUUGUUUUUGAGAGUGCGCAGACGCGGCCGGCUGGUGGCGACAGUAACAUACAGGCACGAUCACUAGAAAUCAGAAGUGACCGCACACUGGCUGCAUUUAUGAUCUGCUUAAACUCAUUUUAAAUCAAGAACUGCAUUUGGGGGGGGGAAACAUGUUCCAAGGACCGCAUCAUUUUUGAAUCAUAAUGCUGACCUAUUUCAUGAAAUACAGAGCAAGUGUUUCCCCGCUUGUUCAUCACCAAAUGCGACGCGUGUGCAUUGCAUUAGACGACCCGACCACGCUACUGGACUGAAUCCUAAUUGAUUUCUGCGUGAAUGUUUACUGUGAUCGCCCUCGCAAUGCUCUGCAGCCUAUACCCAGCGUUGAUCUAAAAAAAACCCAAAACGCGACACCUGUUCUUCUCAAAUCGUGCUGCUUUUGCUCCAUGCGGAAACGCCAUGGUGGUUCGGUUUACGUUUAAGCAGGCAUAUUUUGUUGUGUCAGAUAUCGUUUGUGUCUGCCCCAUCUGCACGACCCAGCCGAGCGCGGCAAAAAAACCAAUGAAACGCGCUCUAGCCCGUGACGUCAGCGACGCUGGUGCCCUCUCGGUGACUUCCUGUCCUGGAGCGACUGACCUCCGCGUGAACCUAAGUUUAGUCGCGAGCAGAAGCGCGUGCCACGCAGUCACACAGGCGCUUCGUUCGGAGAAACGGCUUGCUUAUAGCUGCUCCAGAUUGUUCCGUGUAAAUAACAUCAUCAGUUUAGUUUAACAGUGAGAUUAUGUUAAGAUGUCGUUAAUUUCCGCCUGAAAUCUCUUUUAAUAACCAAGCCAAAGAAUAAUAUAGCUGCAUGUAUUACGGGGAAAAAUCAAAACCAUAAACUACUCGAUCCCCUCGUUAAUCUGGGCGAGGUCCCGACCUUUGUUUUACUAAUCUUAACAGCAACACAAAUUAAUUUGCAAUACAGAAAAUACUGUUUUCGCAAACGAAUGGGCUACUACAAUAAACUUGGAAGAGGCUACCUAACGUAAAACGAACGAACGAACGAAUGUAUGUCAAUAAAUAAAUAGGUACAAAUAAUGUAAAUUAAUUCUCACAUUUGCUCGUAACAUAGGCUACAGGCUAUGCCUAGCCUAUAUGCAAAAAAAAGAAAGAAAAAAGGUCUGGGUGACACACACUGCUGCGCUCAUUUCAUCAGUUAUUAGAUUUUAUUUUUUUUAAUGGGACAGAAAAAGGAAACAAGGCACAACACGGUUUAUUAAUACGGCAAUGAGCACAGAAAAAAAUUAACUGCUUACUAAAACAGUCAACAGCGGGAAAAAGAUCUGAUAGUCUGUGUUUGCUGGAAAAAGCAAAAAGCAAAAGAUUUUUUUAAUAAAAAGACUCUUUGAACUCUUAAAUCAAAAAAUGAACUCUUACAUCAAAACAUCUUAAAUCAAAACAAAUAUAUCCAUAUGCGCUGCGUUUGCUUUUCAUGGGAAAUGUUUAAAUCGUUUUAAAGAACCCACGCACCCAAAGCUAAAUGUCAUGUUAGAAAACCAAACAAAAGCAAUAUUUAAAAUAUAAAUUUCGAAAGACGUUUAUGAAAUUUGAUUAAAACUAUACACUGAACAAUAAAAUAGCACAUAUAUGCCUACUAUUUUACUAUUUUAUUGUUCAGUGUAUUAUAUAUAUAAACUUCGAAAAUUAGAUAAAACAAAUGUUUCAUUCCAUUUCGGCUUUCUCUCAUACUAUAAAAAAAUAUGUACGCUAAUUAAAAUUUUACGCCAAAACAUUUAGCCUAAAUUAUCCGAAUUAUUUAAAAAAAAAAAAAACCUUAACGUCAGUACCAGGACUUGAAACGUGUUGUUUUUAAAGAUUUAAGGGGUUGAAAAUAAAUAAACAGUAUCCUGCCAUUUUAACGGUUUUAACAGGCUGUAAGGCAGAUUGCAGUAACCGAUUGUUUCUUAUAUAAAAUUAAAGUCUGUGUUAACAUUACAGCGGCCACUGGCGCCCCGCCGCAGGCCUACUCUUUCCAUCCAAACAGACAAACAAAUAGCUACCUUUUAAUGGCAACAGCUCGUGCACUCGGGCACUUAGCAGAAUAAUUAACGUGGACUCAUGCAAUAGAUUAAAUAGGCUAUUUUAUAUAGGCCUCCUACAUUAGCCUGUUAUAACAGCAGUGGGUUACGUAGCAGCAAUCGCGAAAAAUUCUUUAGCAUUUCAAUAAAUAAUAAUAACACAUUAUUAGGCAUAUUAUUAUUAUUUUAGACAAAUAACAGGCUAGUCACAUUAAUAUUAUAGACUACUUCUUAUUAUUAGGGCUUUUUUAAAAUAGGCUCGUUGACCAAUUGUCUUUCCUUCAUUAAGUGGAUGAUUUGUAAUUUUGUUUAUUCAGAACGAAAAUAUCGAUAUAGCCUAUUAUGACCGCAGCGGCGUUUCUCGGAUUAUAUACAUUAGCCUAUACGCAUUCUUCAUUUAAUUUUGGUUUUAUGUUUUUUACGGGUAUCUUACAACCAUUCAGGGGUUUCCGUAAAAUAUAGCUUAUAGGUUAGGGGCUACUUUACAGAAACGUAACAUGACCGUUUGCUGAGACAGCUAUAGGCUAAAAAAGCUAGGCCUAUCUAAAAGCUAGGGCUAUUCUGACAACAUAUUUUACCUUAACGGAUGUUCUCUUGAACACUGCAAAUCCCCGCAUUGCCAUUUUCACUAAUAUAUCACAUGGGCUGCGAGUGUAAGAUUAACGUCAGAAAGUGUUAAAUCCAUUGGUUCCAUAAAGCUCUUAACCAACAACCUGACACUGGGGACCAAAUCAUAAUGCGGACAAAUAUUUUGAUUAAUAUGUUAAAAUAUGUUGGAUCAUGCUUUUUUUUCUGAGACAAAAUAAAAACGAUACACUAUGAAACCAUUUUAGUCUAUAUUAGCUGUUAAUGCACCGCGCUAAUUAUUUACUCUCUUUACGUUUGCGAGUGUGUGUAGCGUUAUUUUUUUCUUCUUAAACAGGUUAAUCCUGUUAAUGCGUUAUCAGCUUUAUUAAUAAAAGAAAGGCUUGUCAAAGAACAGAGGUCCCGAAAUAGUCGGCGUUCACGGCAAGAGGAUUUAAGGGUCUUGUUAGAUUUAUGGAGACCACAACAGCGUUAAAAUGGAUAUUGAACUUGUUCCAAUUAAACGCUUUAUGAAAGAGAAACGCAGACUCAAUUCUCGCGGUGUUACGUCUGAGGUUGCCGAGCAACCGCAGACCGUCAACAAAGCCUGCGAAGACGCGCACAUGACAGCGGAGGAGUGUAAACAAACGUGGAAGUUCUGUCGUAAAUCAAACAAACAUGUCAUACAAAGCAUUCUUGAGCAAUAGCAAAGUAACAAAAGAGGACCAGGAGUUUUACGACUUGAAGAACAAAGCAGCAGAGUAUUACAGGUCCAACGGGGUCCCGCAGAAGAUAGAAAACGUCCUGAACGAGAUGUUUUGGCAGAAGCCGGAUGACAUCUAUGGUUAUCUGGCGAACUAUUUUUCCAGGCUCUCCUAUAUUCCCGUGAUUAGUAAAAUCACCGGAAGAGAUGUGUUUGACGGAAGAGGAUUGACAGCAAUUCAGACCCAAGUGUACUGCAUCAUCAGAAAUGAGGAAAAGGUGGUGUGCAGUGCAGUGAUGAGCGGCCCUAGUGAUGGCCUGGAGGCUGAUGGUGUGGCAGAGUCAGGGGAGGCAUUUUCUAACAGCAACCAGCAACGUCUGUCCAUCACCACAGCCCUGAAGUGGAUCAGAGUGCAUCUCAGUCCGAUGCUGCAAGACUUCAACCCCACUGACCAAGCCAAUGUAGACAAACUACUCAGUGAUUUCUUUAUGGCACGUUACCUGGAGCACAAGGACAGUCUUAACAUUGAGAAGGAGGAUGAGCUGAAGAAUGAAUCGGUGUCCGAUGCUCCAUCCCAGGCCACACCCACACCUGCACCUACCAAAGACAAGAAAGGAAGUGAUAAAGGUAAAAAAGGAAACAGCACAGAGAAGCCCCUCCCUCCAGCAGAGACCCCAGUGCCAAAGAUGCCCGGGGCUAUGGCAGUGGGCGUGGUUUCUUUGGCUGUGGCAAAAACUGCUGCCAGACUUCUAGGAGAACCCUUAUACCGACAUAUCACAUCAGUCAGAGUCCCGCAGGCUCAGAGUGAGAUGCACCUGCCUGUGCCCAUGAUUACAAUUCUGAGCUGCGGAAAGAACUCUGUGGGUAAACUCAACCUGCUGGAGGAGGUCAUCCUCAUUCCCAGCUCAUCACAAAGAGUCAGAGAAGUCAUUGGCAUGGGCCUUGAGCUGCAGUGUGAAAUGAAGAGAGUUUUGGAUGGAUCUGCGUAUAAAUCUGGGCCUAUAGGUGUAUCAGAAGAGGGAGCAAUACAAGUGGGGUUUGAACGUCCCGAACAGGCUCUGGAUCUGGUCACAGAGGCGUGUGCUAACCUGGCAUUGCCUCUGGGUUCAGACCUGCGCUUGGCUAUAAACUGUGCAGCACAUGGCCUGAUGGACUAUUCACGUGGGAAGUAUGAAGUGGUGUCUGGCUGUCACAAAUCCCCAGAAGAACUGGUGGACAUGUAUGAGGCUCUGAUUACUAAAUAUCCUGCUAUCACAUCCCUCAUUGAUCCUUUCAGGAAAGAGGAUGUAGAUCAGUGGGAGAGGCUGGCUUCAGUGAUUGGUCAGUCAUGUUGCCUGAUUGCAGAUGCUGCAUCCAAUCUCUGUCCUCGCUGGAGUGAAGUGAAACCCCUCCCACCUGGGGUCACCGGGGUCAUUAUUAGGCACCACAGUGAUAUGACCGUCUCUGACCUUAUGCAAAGCAUAACAGAUCAAAAAGAUGCAGAGACGAUGCUGGCUGCAGGCAGUGGUGAUACAUCAAUUGUUGACCUGGCUGUAGGGUCAGGCGUGUCCUUUCUCAAACUGGGCGGGUUGAGAGGAGGAGAGCGGAUAGACAAAUACAAUCGUCUGCUGGCGAUAGAAGAGGAACUGGAGCAGGAGGGGAUCCUGGGUGUUAGAGAAAAAAAACUGCCUGUGUCAGAUCUUUACGAACCACUUACAGUAACUCCGGAAGCGGCGGUGACUCUGUGACCAUCUCUACUUGAUGUGACUUUAUCUCCUGUCUGUCUGACAUUAUCACAGUAGGGUUUGUCUGACCUGACUGCAUGAUGUCAAAAUGCAUAUUAAUUACAAUUCACAUCAAAAUAUCUUUUUAGUGCGAGAUUGUAAACAUGUAAACUGACUCAUCAUAUGCACUAUAUUUCAAUGUGAUAUGCUUUUGUGCUUACAGAUGGUUUUUACAUUAAUUAAAAAACAUUAUUAAAUAAACAUAAGCAUUCUUUAUACAAAGCCCACCCACAAUAUUUAAUACAUUAGAAUAUUUCACAGUAGUCACAGUGAACAUUUCCACUGUAGACUUGCCUACCAUAUAAUUAUUUUGUGUGACUGUCCCCAAAAUUAAGUUAAUUGUGUGUGUGUGUGUGUGUGUGUGUGUGUGAAGACUUUUUCAUUCCAUGUGCUCCAGAUUUAC